AUCAUCCCGCCGGGGAACGGCAUUCUGCGCUGCUCCUUCCGUCUAUCUCCGAACCCUAAUAAAAUAGAGCUCAAAUCUCUCUCCCAUCACCUUUUCCUCUCCUUCUCCUCCUCUCUCUAAGAACCCUAGCUGUCGUUCUCCCCUACCCGCCAAUGUCCAAAGAGAUCUAUAACUAUAGCUCGAGCUACGGAGUCGGCGGGGGGGCCUCCUCCUCCUACUCGCUUCGCGCCACCAAUCGCUACCUCUCCGAUGGCGGCUCCUCCAGGCUCUCCAGCGUCGACCCGUUCGCCGCCGCGGUCACGGACAUGUACUCGGAUGGGCUGUCCUCGCUGUAUGCGAAGUCGGGAGAUGGAUCCUUGAGGCUCCCCGGCAGCGGCAUAGCCGGGUACGGCGCCGCCGGGAGCUUAUCGGCGGCGGGCAAGAUCGGCGGAGGCAUCGGGAGGGACGCGGUAUCUCCGGCGUUGUUUGCAAGUUCUGCCUUGGAUCCGAUGGUGGUUGGUGGUGCGAAGCGGUCUGUGGAAGCUUUCUACAAUCAGAGUAUUCUGAGAAGCCAUAACACUAUUGGGCAAAGUGAUGCUUUAUUUUCUUCAAAUUCUUUGGUCAAACAUUCUAGACCUGAAACUGCAAGCAAUCUUCCUAUAUAUCCACAGCGACCAGGAGAGAAGGACUGUGCUCACUAUAUGUUGACAAGAACCUGUAAAUUUGGAAACUCCUGCAAGUUCGACCAUCCUAUUUGGGUUCCUGAGGGUGGAAUCCCAGACUGGAAAGAGAUCCCAUUCGUCCCUACAAGUGAAUCUCUUCCUGAGAGGCCAGGAGAACCGGACUGCUCUUACUAUAUGAAGACUCAAAAAUGUAAAUUUGGAUAUCGAUGCAAGUUCCACCAUCCAAAGGACAAAUUACAUGCAUCUGCUGGUGAAGUUGGUGGGGAGGGGACUGAAAACUCAGUGUUACCAGUUAGGCCAUCCGAGUCAUCAUGUUGGUUCUAUGCAAUGACUGGGAAAUGUAAAUUUGGUCCAAAUUGCAAAUUUCAUCAUCCGAAGGAUCUUAAAAUACCAUCACAUGGAGAAGAUACUGAUAACACAGGGCAGAUGGAAUUAGAGAAAGAUGAUGGUGCAGCAGGCGGAGAUCCAAAGCUAGCGAAGGCACAUAUUCCAAUCACCCCUGCUCUGUUGCAUAAUUCAAAGGGACUGCCCAUACGUCUGGGUGAAGCAGAUUGUCCAUUUUAUCUCAAGACUGGCAGCUGCAAAUAUGGUGCUACUUGCCGAUACAACCAUCCUGACAGAAAUUCAUUUAAUCCACCAUUGGCAUCUUCUUUAGGACAAGCUAUUAUGCCUUCUCCAGCAACUAAUUUGCCUUUUGGGCUUGGAGUCAUUCCAACUAUCUAUCCUCAAAGGCCUGGAGAAAUUGAAUGUGAUUACUAUAUGAAGACUGGACUGUGCAAGUUUGGAGAAAGAUGCAAGUUUCACCACCCUAUUGACCGGUUAGCACCGAUCUCAGAUGCAAAGCAGGCUCCUCAACAGAAUUUCAAGCUUACCCUUUCAGGGCUCCCAAGGAGAGAGGGUGCUGUUAUCUGUUUCUUUUACAUGAAGACAGGCACAUGCAAGUUUGGUGCAAAAUGCAAGUUUGACCACCCGCCCCCUGGAGAGGUCAUUGCUAUGGCAGCAAGUCAAGGAACUGGAAGUGGGACUGCAACCGGUCUCUUCCACCGAUAGCGGGGAGGACAAAGAUGCUGCUGCAUGCUGAGGGACAGCAUUAAGAGAACAAUUUUCCCCAGCAUGUUUGUUGGACAACUCCUUUUGGCAGCUUCUAGUUUUUGAGGAUUUUCACUGUUACUGAAAACAAUUAUUACUUUGCUUGAUUAGCUGAUGAACACGAUUAACCUGCUGUUUUUGGCAAGUAUUCCUGCUUGUUUGUCUAUCAGCCAACAAUGUUGUGGUAUAUUUUUAGCCAUGCAUGCAGAAAGGACGGUAACCCUUUUUCUCCCCUCUCCAGCAUGGGAA